CAAGGCAAUUUCUACGAGAUGUGCUCGUUCAGUGAGACAAAGUAUGAGAAGCUGAAAGAACGGGGCCUGAUCCAGUUCAAUGCCAGGCAAUUGUCACGCGUCUAUCCGCAAGGUUCGCGUGUCACAUCGGCAAAUUAUGAUCCUGUACCGAUGUGGAAUGCUGCAUGCCAUAUGGUUGCACUCAAUUAUCAGACUGGUGACAAGGCGAUGCAAUUGAAUCAGGGGAAAUUUAUGGCAAAUGGCCAGUGUGGAUAUGUGCUGAAACCAUCAUAUAUGAUCGAUGAGAUGUUCUCUCCGGAUGCUGCUGAAGUUGUUUCUACCUCCUGUCCAAUUGUACUUACACUCAACGUAAGGAUAAGUCAAGCUUACUGCUUACUAAUUUUGGCUGGGCAACAUCUGUCAAGGAGAGACAAAAAUAGAGGUAUUUGUUCGCCAGUUGUUACUGUAGAGAUUAUUGGUUUGCCAGCUGAUUCGACCUCCGUUCGCACUCGAGCUAUUGAACUAAUUUCCGUGUUUUUCGGUUUCCGAUCUGUGAAGCUGCGAAAUCAGCACAGCGAAGAACUGGAACUGUCAUCUUUGCUUGUUUAUCUGGAAAUGCGUCGCCAAGGUGGUGAAAACGAGAAAUUAUAUCCGCAUAUUGCUUUACAGGCUGGUCGAUGCCUCACAGGUGGGAUGCACAAAUCAUCAACAUCAUCAGGUAUAUUUUCGGCUCGUCUCAAUUCAGCCGAUCAGUGUAAUUUUACUCCGUCCAUUUCACGUCGCAGUUCGUCUAUUGGAAGUCAGAGCCAGUGCUCUAACAAUACGGAAUUUGGCGAGUAA